CACUGAUGGUUCGUUGCCAUUUGUAUGGGCCAUACCGUCCUUCGGACCCAAUCUCACCAUUGGGCCCAGAGAAAAGCAACAUUUAUACGUCCUUCCCUCUUAAAUCUCAGUUGUCGAGAGUUCAACUUCAACCCGCAAAAUUCACCGGAGCGACGCCAUGGAUCCCUACCCUUCCUCCUCUCAAAUCGCGCAGAAGACCUGGGAACUCGAGAACGAUAUCGUCUCCGUCGACGCUCCGGCGACGUCGUCCAGCUCCGACGCAGCUUCCGAUGCCAUCUUCUACUACGACGAUGCGGCUCAGGCCAAGUUCCAGCAGGAGAAGCCCUGGGCCAACGAUCCUCACUACUUCCGCCGGGUGAAGAUCUCCGCUCUCGCCCUCCUCAAGAUGGUCGUCCACGCUCGAUCCGGCGGAACAAUCGAGGUCAUGGGGCUUAUGCAAGGGAAGACUGACGGCGACGCCAUUAUCGUUAUGGACGCCUUUGCUUUGCCUGUUGAAGGGACUGAGACUAGGGUUAAUGCCCAGGCUGAUGCGUACGAGUACAUGGUUGAUUAUUCGCAGACUAACAAGCAGGCUGGGCGGCUAGAGAAUGUUGUGGGGUGGUAUCAUUCGCAUCCUGGUUAUGGAUGCUGGCUCUCCGGAAUUGAUGUGUCAACCCAGAUGCUAAAUCAGCAGUUUCAGGAGCCCUUUCUAGCAGUUGUUAUUGAUCCAACUAGGACGGUAUCAGCUGGGAAGGUUGAAAUCGGGGCCUUCAGGACAUACCCCGAGGGAUACAAACCUCCAGAUGACCCAGUUUCCGAAUACCAGACCAUUCCUCUGAACAAAAUUGAGGACUUUGGUGUGCACUGCAAGCAGUAUUACUCUCUAGAUAUCACUUACUUCAAGUCAUCCCUCGAUAGCCACCUCUUGGAUCUUUUGUGGAACAAAUACUGGGUGAACACACUUUCUUCUUCGCCUCUCUUGGGCAAUGGGGACUAUGUGGCUGGACAAAUUUCAGAUUUAGCUGAAAAGCUGGAGCAAGCAGAGAAUCAACUGGCUCACUCUCGAUUUGGAUCCUUGAUAGCACCGCCCCAGAGGAAGAAAGAGGAAGAAUCACAGCUUGCUAAAAUCACCCGAGACAGUGCUAAGAUUACCGUGGAACAGGUCCAUGGUCUAAUGUCACAGGUUAUCAAGGACAUCCUUUUCAAUUCAGUGCGACAAUCAAGUAGGUCUCGUGCAGAGACAGCAGAGACAUCGGAGCCGGAGCCAAUGGUGGAGUCGUGAGUGAUUUUGUUGCGACAUUUUGUGUUCCUGAUCUUUUCAUGCUAGGGGCUAAAUGAAAACUUUUAUAUGAUAGCUUGAGGAUAGCAAACAAAAGUAGCUUGAGUUGGUCUUUAACUUGUCCAGGCAUAUGUAAAUUCUUUUUGUCAGCUCCAUUCCUUCAUCAAUUUGCUUCUGUUGCAAAAUUGCUGGAUUAUUGGAAAUGCUUGGUAAUGGUGAAUGAUCGGAGACUAUUGUUCCCCCAUCGGAAAUUGUUCUUAUGCCUACUAAUUGCUUGUCUGAGUACUUCUGCUGUUCCAUUGCUCAAGCAAUUAGUAGGUAUCUUCAUGUUGUACCAAAACUCCUCCUUACUCUCUAGGGGUGUCGACGUUCGGUAAUUCGGGUUUACCCGAAAUGACCCGAUUAUAUACAUUUUCGGUUUUUCGGGUUCGUUUCGGGUUUUCGGUUUCGGUUUUGCUUAUCGGUUUUUCUGGUUUCGGCUAAAAACCUCUAAUGAAUAGAACUCAGCCCGUAUUUUUAGGCAUUCGGGGUUUCGAGUUUCGGUUUUGCUUUAACCGAACCCGAUAAGGAAUUUUCGGGUUUCUGGUACUCGAAACCGAAAAUCACUAAAACUGAAUCCGAACCUGAUAAGGAAUUUUCGGGUUUCAGGUAACCGAAACCCGCAAGUCCUUAUCAGGUUCGGGUUCAGUUUUAGUGAUUUUCGGUUUCGAGUUUUUUCGGGUUUCGGUUUGAGUAUCCGAACCCGACCUGAACUGACACCCCUAUUCUCCAGCCUGCUCCUCCUCUACAGAUAGAUAGGAAUAUGAGUGCUCACAGUAUCAUCUCUGAAAACUGUUCAAAAUACCAAAGUCGUCUGAUCAAUUGUUGAGCACCCUGUAAUCGUUGUAUAGAUACAAUAUCACUUUAAUUUACUUCAUCUACCAAAAAAGUCACUAAUGAUAUAAUUUAUACUAAAAUUACGGUUUAAUCAUAAUUAAUCAUUAAAAUAGCCUAUCAAUUUUGGAUGUAUCCGAUAUUUUCAAUCCCACCUACAUACAUGUUUCAGCAAAAGAAUCCAAGUUACCGGCGGAACAGCGAAGCUAACUCUCCGGUCCCUUUACUUACCGGCGCGUGCGCGGCGAUAUAUUAAUAAAAUAAUAAUAAAAUUAUUCUAAAAAGAAAUCCUAACAUCUCAACAAUUAGGGGUGUACAUGGGUCGGGUGAUCCGGGUUUAGACAUUUUAAUCACCCGAUUCGUGAACUACGGUUUGAAAAAUAUUAAAUCCAAACCCAUCCAAAAAAAUCUAAACCCUACGGUUUGUUUCUAAUUGGGUUGGGUCGGGUUGGCCAUUUUUUUAAGUAAAAACCAAAUCCAACACAAAAUAUGUAGUUAUUCUAUACCAUAAAAAUAUUUUAUAACUAAUUACAAAUUCAAACGAAUAAAUCGAGGUGAAAGGUAUCAAAAUUCACAAAUGUUGUUUGAAUUUUAAUAAAAUUUGAUUUACUUC